UAUAUAUAUAUAUUGUUGUGUAUAAAUAUAUAUAAAUAUAAGAGGCACACCCUGCUCAAAAGCAGUAUUAUUAUUUAUUUUGUAUGAUCCUAUUAUUAUAUAGCCAAGCCAACGGUGUCUAGUUUCUCAACUUUGAGCAGAUAUUAUGGCUGAAAAUACAAAUAAUGGAGAGGAGACUCAGCCUGGUCAUAUCAUAGUAGAUAUAUGGGAAAGCUGGGAAUCUGAGUGUUCUGAUCUUAUCAUUUACAAAAUCCCCAGAAAGCUUCGUGACGUAAACAAAUCAGCUUACACUCCCCAACUUGUGUCCAUUGGUCCUUAUCACCAUGGCAGUGAGAAGCUUAGUGAAAUGGAGAGCCUCAAAUCCAAAUAUCAAAAAAGUUUUCUUAAACGCUUUGAGAACUUUGAAAACUCCAAGAAAGAAUCUGAUUGGGUAGAUUUCAUUCAUGGUUACUACAAAAGGCUUCGUAAAAGUUAUGAAGGAAAUAUCCCAGCUGAGUUAGAGAAUGAUGGCGAACUGUUCGUAAAAAUGAUUCUGAAAGAUGCUUGCUUCAUACUUGAGCUUUUUUUGAGGAGCAUUAAUUAUGGGGAAGAAGGUGUUAGGAGGGAUUGUAUCUUGAGAACUCCAUGGUUGAGGAAAGCUAUAAAGCUUGACUUGAUUUUACUUGAGAAUCAACUUCCUUUUUUUAUUGUUAAGAAAAUCUAUAAACUUGUCAAAAACUAUCUCCCUCCUGUUGUUAUUCCCAAGCCAAAAUAUACUACUGCUACUGAUCCUCGUAAAUCAUGCGGUUGUUUCUGUCUUAACACCUCUUUAACUUGCUGCCAAGUUGAAAAAUCAUCAUCAAAGCCAGACCAGAUAGCAGCUGAUAAUCAAGAAGAUGGUGGUAAUGAUCCUCUUCUAUUACUAACUCGUUUUUUCUUUGAGGAACAUUACUUGACUGAAACCUGCAGAAGGGUAAAAGUUCAGGACAUCAGAGAUAUCAAACACUUCACAGAUUUGCUUCGAAAGUUUUGGCUGCCAAGGGAGUUUAUAUCGAAGAAGAAUCCACAUCAAGACAACAUAGCAGAUAGGAAGUACCUCUACUCGGCCACAAAGCUUGAUAGAGCCGGUGUGACUUUUGAGCCUGCGCGCAAAGGAACAUGCUUAACUGAUGUGAAGAUCUCUAAGAAGAAGAUUAUUCUCAAGUUCAUACCAAUCAUAAAGGGUAUGCGGCUGAAGCUUCCCGAGCUGAAGUUAGAGAAUGACACAGAGAGUCUGCUGAGAAAUGUGAUGGCCUUGGAGCAGUGUCUGUACCCUGAUGAGGACUACAUAUGUGGCUAUGUGGCUCUCAUGGAUCAGCUCAUAAACACUGGUGAAGAUGUUGAGUUUCUUGUGGACAGGAAGAUUUUGACUAACUUGCUUGGGAGUAACAAGGAAGCAGCCAAGUUGAUCAACGGUCUUUGCAAUCAGAUUCCCCGGGAGAAGUCUUACUAUGCCACUUAUUACAAUGAACUCAAUACGUUUUAUGAGAAUCGUUGGAAUGUUACCAGAGCAACUCUGAAAAAGGUUUACUUUAAGGAUCUUUGGACUGGUAGUUCCACUGUUGUUGGACUUUUUGUGUUGCUUUUUACAGUCUCUGCAACACUGAAGAAUGUCUACUUUAGACAUCUUUAAUAAGAAUUAACAUGUUUUAGUAC